AUGUCCAUGUGGGUGUAUCCCCACAUCCCCUCCGACGAAUUGCGGAAAGCUGAAGACGAGUCCUUGGCCAAAGAACUGCAAUGGUACCUAACCUCGCUCCAAUCGUCCUUGGCGGCUCUGAAGGAGGGUCUAGAGGAGUGUGUCAAUCUUUUGGCUCCAGUUGAGCCAGGCUCGACGCUAGUCCUGUCCUCACUGCGGUCAGAAAGCGUGAAAGGCUUCGUGACACGGAUAGGAACAAAGAUCGUGAAAGGAGACAUCCAGUUGAGGUUUCAUACCAUUCCACCGAACACAACGCGCAAUGCAACUAACUCGACCCCAACCACACGCCUUACCUUCAAACCCUCCCCACAGGCACCAGAAAUCGUGCUCCCUCAGCUACUCACAGUUCGAUCGCUCAUUAACGAUGCUCUGGACAUUAUCGACAUCUCACGCUGGACGGGAUCGUCCUCAGAUGCCUCCUUCAUCUGGGGCCAGCUGAAAUUGUUGAACGACCGUCUGACAGAAGCGAAGAUAUGUUUGAAGGGCCACCCUCCUGGCACUCAAGCACCGGGCAUACCUGGUAUCGACUGGACUCGAGACAGUGUAGCGGAUGAAGUCUUUGAGCCCCGAUUACCGGGAGGCUUAAGCCUACACUUUGCAAUCCAGGAGUCCAAUCUUGUCCUAACAAUUCGGAGUAUAGUGCCGGCAACUCCUGGUGGCACCCCCAGCACUCCAGCUGAGUCCGCUUUUUCCUUGUCUGGCUUACAUCUUCGUAAUCGUUUAUUGGGCAUUUCUCCUCGGCUACCAAAUCACGACGAGACUGGAGAGGUCUUUGAGUGGAGAGGCAAGCAGGACGUUGUUGUGCGUGAAAAAUCCAGGGUCGAGACAGGUGACCCAAGCUUGAUAAGUGUCGCGGCAAAGCUUAGCGCACUUGAACACGAAGUUGCCCGUUGGCGAUACAAUCUCGACAUAUUGAUGGAAAGAAACGAGGACGAAGACUGA